AUGGGAUCAAGGGACUACUACGAGAUCCUCAACGUCGGCCGUGACGCCACCGACGACGACCUCCGCAGGGCCUACCGCCGGCUGGCCAUGCGGUGGCACCCCGACAAGAACCCCGGCGGCAAGGCCGACGCCGAGGCCAGGUUCAAGGAGAUCACCGAGGCAUACAACGUGCUCACCGACGCAGACAAGAGGGCGGUGUACGACCAGUACGGGGAGGAGGGCCUCCGCGGGGAGGUGCCGCAGCCCGGCGGUGGCCGCGGCAGCGAUGACAUCUUCGCCGAGUUCUUCGGGAGCACGCCGUUCACGUACUGCAGCAGGGGCGGCGGCGGCAACGCGCGCGGCGGGACGCAGCCCCCGCCGCCCCCGGCGUGGGACGGCGGGUUCGGCCGGUCGUACCGCCGCAGACAGGGUGGCGGCGGCGGCGCGGCGCCCUCGAUGGCGCCGCCACCACCGCCCGUGGAGAGCAGGCUGGCCUGCACCCUGGAGGAGCUCUACGUGGGCGUCACCAAGAAGAUGAGGAUCUCCCGGAACGUCGUGGACGCCAAUGGGAGGAUGAAGACGGAGUCGGAGGUCCUGUCGAUCGAGGUGAAGCCCGGGUGGAAGAAGGGCACCAAGAUCACGUUCCCGGGCAAGGGCAACCAGCAGUGGAACCAGCUCCCCGCCGACCUGGUCUUCGUGGUCGACGAGAAGCCCCACCCCGUGUACCGGCGCGACGGCAACGACCUGGUGGCCGAGGCCCGGGUGACGCUCGCCGAGGCGCUGGGCGGCACGGUCGUCGUCCUCGCCGCGCUCGACGGCCGCGAGCUGGCCGUGGACGUGGGCGGCGGCGAGGAGGACGACGCCCCCGUGGUGUGCCCCGGGUACGAGCUGGUGGUGCCGGCGGAGGGCAUGCCCAUCGCGCGCGAGCCCGGGCGCUGCGGCAGCCUCCGCAUCCGGUUCGACGUCGCGUUCCCGGAGCGGCUCACCCGCCGGCAGCGCGCGCAGAUCAAGCGCGUCCUCGAGGCCGGCUGCUAG